AUGGAAACUUCCGGCCCACCUAUUGACAUUAUGCGCCCAAUCAAUUUCGCGUUGCAAGAAACUUCCACUCUCCACAACAUUAUUAAAGAAAUGGCGAAACCUCCAUUCCGUGUGCGCACUCUCGGGAAUGAGCUUGAAUCGUUGGACAAAGUUCUCCACUCCCUGCGCAAGACAGCUAGCACGGUUACUAAAAUUGACGUAUCGCAGCUCAGUCUUCCUUUAGAUGACUGUGGAAAAGCUUGCGAAACCUUCCAGCAAGAGUUUACCAUUAGGCAGGCCGACCGCGGCAUCAACAGGACAUCCGGGCUUGAUUGGGACAAUUUGCGCUUCACUCUGGGUACCAUCGACAAUUUUACGCAGCUUCUGAAUGGAUACAAGUCAACUUUCAAGAUUGCAAUCGAGAUUGCCAACUUCUACAAGGCAAAUGAAAUCGCCUCGAAUUUUAACGCCAAACUUAUAUACGCAGUGCUGGAUGAUCUUCAGGAUCUUUCAAAAAAUAUCACCCAAAAAAGUCCACUGGCUUCCAAUAAAUCUGCUCAUUCCGCAACGAGCAUCUAUAAUCAAAUCCGGCGCGAAACCAUGAGCGUCCUUGUCUGCAUCAACUACUGUGGACACUUAUUGGAGUUGGUCAACCGCGGUGGUAUUUGGUUGACCGAUUCAAGUUCAGCGCCUCAACUGGUUGCCAAGCCUACCAAACCCGAUGUGCCUAGUCUCAUUGUAAGUUUGUCCAACUAUAGCGCAUAUCGGGUUGCCGUUUCUACUACCGGAUACCCUAUUCGUGGAAUUAUCGGGGGAGACACCAGUGGUCGGAAAUUGCAGGUAGCCGGCCAUGUCAGUGACCAGACGUUGAGGGAUAUCUCGCAAGCUUGGGCUAGAAGCCAACAAAUCCAUGAUGAAACAACAACGAGUGGUGGGGAAGGAGUGAAUGGCCUUGUGGGCUAUGAUAUGCAGCGCGAUUCAUCCGCAUGA